AUGAACAAUUCAACGGUGUACUUUCACAAUUACUACAACCGACGAUCGUCAUCUGGGAAGCUUGAGCUCUGCAUGAGUCCAUCUUCGUCAAGCAUUGGAAAGAGCCAGUCCCUUGAGGAGAUACCUGACGUCAAUCAACGUAGAAGACAUCCAUCACUAGGCUUCUUGGAAUUUUCGAAGACGGCCAACUUCCGAUCACGCCGCGACGCAGUCACUGCCUUCGACCCAAUAGAGUUUCAACGAGUGAUCGUAACAGUUCCGACAACCCCGACCGUGGAGAACACACAGAAGCGAAAGGGAGACGCACCAACUGAUGUCGACGCCAGCAAGAAGUUGAAACACGGAUAA